AUGCAGCUUCUUGCACUCACCCAAGCUAUUGCCCUUGUCACCACCGUUGUCAAUGCUACGCCUAUUUCCUUGAACGCUCGGGGCGAAGCUGACGCUGCCACCGCUUACGUCGCUGACAAACGCUGGGAUGCCGACGCUGCGACUGCUUAUGUUGCUGAUAAGAGAUGGGACGCUGAUGCUGCCACCGCUUACGUCGCUGACAAGCGUUCUGAUGCGGAUGCUGCUACCGCAUACGCUGCGGAUAAGAAGCGUUCUGAUGCCGACGCUGCGACUGCUUAUGUUGCGGAUAAGCGCUGGGAUGCCGAGCCUGUUUACAUACGCUCUGAUGCCAAUGCUGCCACUGCCUACACUGCGGACAAAUAA